AUGAAUGUCUCUAAAGCGUUAAGAGUAAGCAGAAUAUUGAAACCAUCAAUAAUACACCGACAAAUACCAAGGAGAGCAUAUGCAAAAUCAUGGGAUAAAUUACAAGAGCAAAGUAAUGACAAAGUAGAUGCUCAUAUAAAAGUAAACACUUUACUUAAUGAUAUAACUUCAAAACCAAAUUUGGCAGCAAAAUUAGAAACAAUACAGAAUAUAAUGAUCAAACGAAAUUUAGUAAGUACUGAAGAUACCUCUAAACCAAAAGUGUGGCAAAUGAUCAAAAUAUUGACAAAUAAAGAGCUGAGGAGUGCGAUGGAAGAUUUCAAAAAGGAAUUAGCGAAGAGUAAUGUUCAAUUAGGUCCUGAACAAUUAAAGUCUUUAAUGGUCGUCUUAGGGAUGGAAAAAGGCAGUAAAUAA